GGGCCCCGGCUGCAGCCUGCUGCCGCCGGGGCCGCGGGAGGAUGCGGCGCCUGGCGCGGGUGGCGCUGCUGUGCCUGGGCUGCGGCUUGUGCUCGUUGCUCUACGCCUUCAGCCAACUGUCGCUGGAGCGGGAGGCGCCGCGGCGGCGGGGAGAGCCCACCUUCCCGGUCCGGAGGCAGCUGCGUGGCGGCGGCUGGAGGGCAGCGUCGGGGAGCGCAGGCCGCAGAGACCGGGCGCCGCUGUGGCCGGCGGGGAGGUGUAAGAAUUUGUCUGUAUCUUACUGGAAUUCCUAUUGGAUGCUGCCCUCUGAUGUUUGUGGAAUGAACUGCUUUUGGGAAGCUGCUCCUAGAUAUGAUUCUUUGAAAAUUCUGUCUUCUGAGAAGAUGCACUUGGCAGUGGUAGCCUGUGGAGAAAGACUGGAGGAGACAGUUACUAUGUUAAAAUCAGCCAUUAUUUUCAGCAUCAAGCAUGUACAGUUUCAUAUCUUUGCAGAGGACCCACUGCAUAGGGACUUCCAAGUAAUGCUUGACGGUUUGGCAUAUCAAGGAAAAUUUAAUUAUACUUUGUAUCCCAUCUCAUUUCCAACUGAAAAUGCAGCAGAAUGGAAGAAACUAUUCAAACCUUGUGCUUCUCAAAGACUUUUCUUGCCUUUAAUUCUCAAAGAUGUGGACUCUUUGCUAUAUGUUGAUACAGACAUCUUGUUCUUAAGACCUGUUGAUGAUAUUUGGUCUUUUCUGAACAAAUUUAAUUCUUCUCAAAUUGCUGCAAUGGCGCCAGAGCAUGAGGAGCCUCGCAUUGGAUGGUAUAAUCGCUUUGCUAGGCAUCCGUAUUAUGGAAAAACUGGAAUAAAUUCUGGAGUAAUGUUAAUGAAUAUGACCCGUAUAAGAAAAAAAUAUUUCAAGAAUGAUAUGACAACAGCACGGUUACGUUGGGAAGACAUUCUUAUGCCGCUGCUAAAAAAAUACAAGCUGAAUAUUACAUGGGGUGACCAGGAUCUUCUGAACAUCAUGUUUUUCCAUAAUCCCGAAAGCCUGUUUGUGUUCCCUUGCCAAUGGAACUAUCGUCCUGACCAUUGCAUUUAUGGAAGCAAUUGUCAGCAGGCUGAAGGAGAAGGAAUAUUUAUCCUUCAUGGAAACAGAGGUGUUUAUCAUGAUGACAAACAACCUGCUUUUCGGGCUGUGUAUGAAGCAAUAAAAUAUUAUUCAUUUGGUGAUGACCUGGUACAUUCUUUGCUGCUACCCCUUGAACUGGAACUACAAAAGACACAGCACACUUACUGUGGAAGAAUAUACAACGUAUUCAUAAAGCAGCUAACGAAAAGCAUAAAGGACAUUUAUGAUAGAAGAUCUAAGGGAAGGUGAUCAUUAUAGGCUCUCCAAACUGCUGAAUUAAACAACACAGAUGUGGGAGAGUAUGUUAUGCCUGAAGGAUAUUCAUGCAAGAAAUAGAAUAAUGCGCUAAUCAGUUGUUACUCAUGUGCCCAGAAA